CUGGAGGGAAUUGAAUGCAUAGCAACUGUUGCUUAGCUGCUAUUAUAAUGAGUAAAUCGCAAAUUUCGUUUCUUUGUGGGGUCAGGGGUGUCAAUACGGACAGCUAUUCAGUGGUUUCAUGAUGACUGCCUUUUGUCCCCACAUAUGCAAGCUCAUUCAUGGCGCCUCCCCCACUCUCCCCCCUCCCCUCUCUCGAUGAUACCCAACCGUAUUUCUUUUCUUUUCAUUUCUUCUCCAAUCCCAACCCAUUAGACUCUCUCAAUCUCUACCAUAACAUUAAUAUUAAUAAUACCCUCCCUUCCCUUCCCCCUUCUUCCGCUUCUCUGUUGCAUUCUUCGAGACUCUCACUCUCAUUUGGGUGCCCGUGAUCUGUUUGGGGGUCCGCAGGCAGGCAGCAGGGAUGAGACCAAGAGCAGAACCUCAGAGGCUCGGUCUCUUUCUUCUUCUUCUUCUGCUUACCUUCUUUUUAGCUCUUCAAGAGACUGGCUGCAGUUCACUGGAGUACUUAAGGGUUUCUUUGGUAAUGGAGAAAGAAGAAGAUGGUUCCCUUUUCGGAAACAAUUCUCCAAGUCCUGCUCCUCAGCCUCAGCCUCUCCUUCCUUUUCUGGGUCCUUCACCCUUAACCCCAUUGACUCCGUUCACUAAUAGUACUAUUCCAAAAUUAUCAGGGUUUUGUACGUUAAACUUUGUGGCACUCGAGAGUAUGAUGAGUGAAUCAGCAAUUGAUUGCAUAUCUGCUUUUGCACCAUAUUUAGCUAAUGUAGUAUGUUGCCCACAGUUGCAAUCUACUCUAGCCAUUCUAAUUGGUCAAUCUAGCAAAGAUACAAGCAUGCUUGCAUUAAACGGAACACAAGCUAAGUAUUGCCUAUCAGAUUUCGAGCAAAUUCUAGUCGGGCAAGGUGCUAACAAUACUGUAGGACAAAUAUGUUCGGUUAGGCCUUCAAACCUCACCCAAGGUUCUUGUCCAAUCAGUGAUGUUAAUGAGUUCGAGAGCGUAGUUGAGACUUCAACACUCCUUUCCUCUUGUGAAAAUGUUGAUCCUGUGAAUGAAUGUUGUAGCGAAACGUGUGAGAACGCCAUAUUAGAAGCUGCGAGGAAACUUGCAUUGAAAUCUUAUGGUCCAACUCCUAGCAUGGAGAGUUCACAUAGUUUUGUGGAUCACUCAACACGGAUUAGUGAUUGUAAACACAUUGUACAUCGAUGGUUGGCGAGCAAACUUGAUCCAUCUCAGGCAAAGGAAGUUCUUCGAGGUCUUUCCAAUUGUAAAAUUAACAAAGCUUGCCCCUUAAUCUUUCCGGAUAUGAAGCAUAUUACUAAGGGUUGUCGAGAUGGCAUAAAGAACAAGACAUCAUGUUGUAGAGCAAUGAAGAGCUAUGUGGAUCACUUGCAGAGUCAGAGCUUCGUGACAAAUCUGCAAGCGUUGAAUUGUGCCACAUCCUUAGGAAAUAAACUGCAGAAGGCUAACAUUACUGAAAAUCUUUAUAAUCUUUGCCAUAUCAGUCUCAAGGAUUUCUCUCUUCAAGUUGGACCACUAGCAACAGGAUGCCUUUUGUCUAGCCUGCCAUCAGAUGUAACAUUUGACAGAAUAACAGGAGUCAGCUUCCUUUGUGAUUUGAAUGACAACAUUCCGGCUCCUUGGCCUUCUUCUCAGUUAGCAGCUUCAUCUUGCAACAAAACUGUCAAAAUUCCUGCUCUGCCCGCUGCAGCAAAUGGAGUAAAUGGUGUUUAUGAUGAGAAGAUGGUCUUCUUCAAUCUGGUCAUUGCAGCUGGUAUUGUUCUGUUAAUUGUGUUUAGAUGAUGAGGUUACCCAUGUAGAUCAUUAUUCUCUUGUUUGAAAAGGUUCAAAUACCAUUAAUGUAUUGUUUCAUCCAAGCAUUCAUGCUUCUCUCUGUAAUAAGUUUUCUUUAGAGGAAUUGUUUUUGUGCAAAAGAGAAGACAAAAAUCAUGUAAAUAUAUCGUUCUUAGAAUUUGGUCCGAAAAAUGUGAUUGUAUGAGAUAAAACUUUC